GUAUUUUUUUUUUCGAUUUUUUUGGGUGAUUUAUCUUCGAAUUUCUGGGUUUUUUUUUGGAUUUUGUUCGAUUUUUUGGGUAAGAGUUAGUGUGGUGAGUUGGUUACGGUGGGGUGAGUGGGUGGGUGGAGCUGCCGGAUUUUUGGGAGGUCUGGGUUAGAGGUGGGUCUAGGGCGUGGGUUUUUUUAUGGAUUUUGUUCAAUUUUUUGGGUAAGUUUUGCCUCGUGAACUGCAAUUUGCCCCAAAGUUGCACUUAAAAAUUAACGAAGUACUUCGUAUAAAUUAUCAAUGUGUUCUAAUGACUUUGUCGCUGCCGUCACGGAGGAUGACGCCUCUUGUUGUCAUUGACCAAACUGUCAAAAUUGAGCUUAUUGAAGAUAAGAGGAGGAUGGAGCAUCUCAUGCGACCAAGAUAAAAUUGGAUGGAGAUGUGAGAAGUGACUGAAUCUCAUUAGCAAAAACACGGUGAAAAAGGGGAACCGACAUGAGUUAUGUAUUGCCACUCACAUAAUUUCAAAUCACAAACCAGUUCUAAACAUUUACUCCAUAUGUAAUUUCAUAUAAAUAUAAAUCGGUAAACAUAACAUGUAAUAAAAUUGAUUUGCACCACAUAAUAUGACAUUAUCACCUCCCUAAACAUGUGGGCAUAAUUUUUGAAGUUACUACCACGAAAAAUUAAUGCCUCAUCAAAUUAUAAAAAAAAUAAAAAAAUUAGCCACUUAAUAUAAGAAUUUGGACGAAUUACGCUACUUCAAAAACACAUUCCUUUGACAUUGACCUUAGUAAACUGUUAGUUUAAAUGUGGCGGCAAAAUCAACUAAUUUUGCACAAUAGUUUCAACAAUUAAACCAACAGAAUCAGUCAUCAGUCUUCUGAAAACAGAGCCAAAAAAUGUUAUCUCUCCAUCUUUCACCCACAACCACUUUCUCUCUCCUAAAAUCCAACCCUCAAAAACCCACAAAUCAAUUCUUCUUACAAUUUCACCCUUUAAUUUCUUCUUUUUCUUCUUCCUCCAAAUUAGAUAAGCAUCCUAUCGCCACCGCCUCGGCGGCUCCCACUAUGGGACCCGCCGUGGCGAUGGAAGAGGAGCUGCCACCGGGGCUGCGGCACGAAGCGAUGCCGCGGCAUGUGGCGGUGAUAAUGGAUGGGAAUGUGAGGUGGGCUCGGCAAAGAGGGUUGCCUGGUGGUGCAGGGCAUGAAGCAGGGGUGAGGUCAUUGAGGCGGAUGGUGGAGUUGUCUGGUAAAUGGGGUGUCAAAGUUCUUACUGUCUUUGCCUUUUCCUAUGAUAAUUGGGUUCGCCCACAAGUAGAAGUUGAUUUUUUAAUGAGCUUGUUCGAGAGAGGAAUUAAAUCUGAAUUAGACAACUUUAUCAGGCAAGGUAUCAGGAUAUCAGUAAUUGGAGACACUUCCAAGCUGCCCAUAUCCUUACAAAAAUUGAUAGCUGAUGCAGAAGAGACCACAAAAGAUUUCACAAACUUCCAACUAAUUGUUGCGGUUAGCUAUAGUGGGAAAUACGACAUCAUACAGGCGUGUAAGAACAUUGCUCAGAAAGUGAAAGACGGUGCUGUGGAAGUGGAAGAGAUUGAUGAAGGGUUGAUUGAACAAGAACUCGAGACUAACUGUACUGAUUAUCCUUACCCUGAUCUGCUGAUAAGAACUAGUGGUGAGCUGAGGGUCAGUAACUUCUUGCUUUGGCAACUGGCUUACACUGAGCUGUUUUUUGUGAGGGCUCUUUGGCCUGAUUUCGGAGAAGAGGAGUUUGUAGAGGCCUUGAUGUCGUACCAGCAAAGAAGUAGACGUUAUGGUGGAAGAGAAGUACAAGAAUCAAGUGCUAAUAGUCGAUGAUAACGAUGAAAAACUUGCUAAUAAAAGAGGUUAUUCUAUAUAAUUAAGCUUAAUAGAGAGUUCAAGCAAUACCCAUCCUGCAGAGAAGAUUGUUAAACAUGCAGAUAGUUGGGUGUAUAUUGUUACUAUGGGAAAAAGAAAAAAAAUAAAAUCCCUUGGCCAAAUAUUUUGGAAUCAGAAUUACCCUUAAUGUAAACAUAAACGAGAAAUUACUGCAUCUUGUCCUAGAAUAAAAUUCUUAUAAUGUAUAUAAGUUAUAAUAAUAACAUGAAUUUGGUAUUGAGGGCUUGAGGCUCCUAA